GAAAAAUUCACAAGCGCAGGUUGGGCCCUCGGCCGUCCCAAAUUCACACAUGGCCUCGAUCCCGCUCGGCACCUUAUGGUCACCCCCCGCCGCCGUCGCCGUGGCCGCCACAUCCCGUAUUGCGCGGCCGGUUCAUAUCCAGCUGCUGGACCGGCGAGGACCCUCGUCGGCGCGGGUCAAGAUUCAUGCCCGCACGCGUGACGCGUUUCGCUCACACUGUGACAAGCGUGCCGAUCACCUCCCCGAGCCAGAGCCAGAGCCAGAGUCAGAGCCAGAAAACGACGAUCCAAACAACGCUGCACCCUCAGAGAAUGUUCCCUUGGUAGAGGAGCUACUCAAGCGCUAUAACGCGAUUAAAGCUGAGAUGGGUGUGCGGGAGCCCCCUGAUAUAUUCCUUAAAGAGAAGGGCCGAAUUUCUAAGUACAAUAUGAAGUUGUCUUCUUCAGAUAGCAAUCUGAAUGUAGACGAAAAGGUACAAGCACAAUUAGUUUACGAAAGUGCACAAAAAGCUCUGGAUUUGGCUUCCACGGUCAUGGAUAUUGCGAGCUUAGGGUGUGGCAUGGUAGAAAUAUCUAAACAUACAGUAGACCAGAUGGUUAGGACAUAUGCAACUAUAUUUUGUAAUGUUGCUGAGGCUGCAUACCAUCAGAAGAUUGAGAUGGAAACCACUCUCUCGUUUCUUGGUGCCCUUAGAGGCUUAGGGGCAAUUGGUCAUAUCAUGGUUCAAGAUACAAUGGCUAAGCUCAAAGAUGGUCAUUUUAAAAACACUAUCAUAUCUUACAUGGAUAAACAUUCUGAAAAGUUUGUCAAGAUGAUGAAGAACUCGGAAGAUGAAACUGUGGAGAGCAAGUCAUGGCAGGCAGUGACAGGUAUACUAUUAUCUUGUCAGAUCGAUACGGAAGUGUAUAUUUUAAAGCUUAGCAAAUGUCACAGGGCUGCACUGGACUACCUUGCACGGAAGGAAUAACAUAUCCACGAGAGGUUUGGAUUUCCUUCACGGGCCACGGAGAAGUAUGGUCAGGGCAUCACACAGGGUUUGAUUUAUAUAUAUGAGUACUGUCUAGUUCUUAGAAAACAUUGUUAGGUUAGCUUUUUCCGAUUAGCAUGUGAGCAAGAACCUAUUUAUUGUGAGCGGCCAAACGAUAUUCUCAUAUUUUACAUUAACAGAUAAUUUUGCAUGUUUGACAAACUGGUUGGUUUGGAUAAACUCCCCUUGAUGACAAGGUGGUGG